AUGACCCAGAAACCCGUCCUCAUUUCCGGCGCCGGCCUGGCCUCUCUCCUCCUCGCGCGCGCUCUUCUUCGCUCAAACAUUCCCUUCCAAGUCUUUGAGCGCGAUGCCUCGCUCACAUUCCGCGGCCAGGGAUACCGCCUGCGCCUGUCCUCCGAGGGCCUCGACGCGAUCGAAUCGGUGCUGGACCCUGCCGCGUUUCAGAGAUUCUACGACCGCUGCGGGAAGACGGCCGGAGCCGGGUUCGUGGGCUUCGACGCCAUCACCGGGGAAGUGGUCGAGGAGCACACGGCGGCCGAGAACUUGGGUUCGCGGGAGGGAAAAGUCGUAGGGAUCGCGCGGGGGGACAUGAGGAGGUUGUUUAUGGAAGGGUGCGAGGAUUUUGUGCACUUCAACAAGCACGUCAAGGGCUACGAGUUGACGGCCGACGGCGUAAAAGCCGUCUUCGCCGACGGGUCCAAAUCCGUCGAAGGCUCUCUGCUUGUUGGAGGCGAGGGGAUCAACUCGACGGUGGCCAAGCAGCUGUCCGGCGGGCGUCUCAAGGUGUACGAUCUCGGCGCCCGCGGCAUCCACGGCCAGGCACCGACCGCGGCGUUCAAGACUCUGGGCGAAGGCGUCUUCCGGAUCGCCGACACCGCGAACCCCCGUGGCCGCCUCUCCAUCAUCACCAACGUCCGACCCAACGACAUGGACGACCCGGACGUCGAAUUCGGGUGGACCAUGAUCGGCAUACCCGGUGUGAUCAAGGCGCCUAACGACGACUACACGAUCGUCGGCAAAGUCGCGGCCGACAUCGCCAAGUCGCUCACCAAGGACUGGAACCCGCGCUUCAAACCCCUCUUCGACCAGAUGAACGAGUCCGAAGCCGCAUUCUGGAAAAUCACAUGCUCGACCCCUAGCGGCGUUCCCGAAUGGCCCAACAACCCGCGCGUCACCGUUAUCGGGGAUGCGGCGCACUCGAUGACCCCCGCGGGCGGCAUCGGCGCCAACACGGCCGUGCGGGACUCAGCUUUGCUCGGUCGACUGCUGCGCGAGGCCGCCGCCGGCGGGCCUACCUGCAAUUGGGACGGCGUCACGGCGGCCUAUGAGAAGGAAAUGAGAGUCUAUGCCAGCGAGGCCGUGAGGUACAGCUACGGUACGUCGACAAAGGCGUUUCAGGUCCGUAUUGACGAAGAGUCGAAAACUAUAUAA